CGUGGUCCUCCUUGAACAUCCACUUCAUGGUCGGGCGGUCCGGCGGCGGGCGGGCGAGUCGGGCCUUUAGUCCUCCAGCAACUCUUCGGCAGCCGCAGCAGCCCCUCUGCGCGCGGGAGGGGCGGGACGUCCGCCGACGCUCCGCGGGCGCGCCCUCCGCCGCGGCGAUUGGUUGGCAGGGUGGCGCGCCCGUCGCCGUGGAGACGCGCGGCGGCAUGGCCUGGCUGGAGGUGGCUGCGGGCGGCGGCGGCGGCCGACGCGGCCGGCUGUGUUCCCUGGCGGCGCUGGGGCUGCUGCUGCUGGGCGCGCUCACCUACGUGCCGCCCCUGCUGGUGGCCUACCGGAGCCACGGUUUCUGGCGCUCGCGGAGCAGCUACGCCGAGCAGCCCGUAGUCCGCUUCCGGCACGAGGUGCUCCUGGCCGCGCUAACCGAGGGCGGCGGCGGGCCGGUGGGCUGGAGCUCCUUCGCCGCCUGCAAUCGCCUGCUGGGCGGCCGGCUGCGUGUCCCGCUCGUCUCGGCUCGGGAGGAAGAUUCUAACCGGGAUGGAGUAAUGGACCAGCUCCAUUUUCAGCUGGAGCUUCCGCUCCUCCCCUCCGAACGAGUCGUGGGGAUUCAGCUUCUGCUGACUUUCUCCUACGAGUUGCACAGAAUGUCUACUUUUGUGAUGCAGAGCAUGGCUUUUUUGCAGUCUUUUAGCCCUGUGCCAGGAUCGCAGGUGUUUGUAAAUGGAGAUCUCAAACUUCAUCAGAGGCAGCCCCUUCUCCAUGCUGGGCUAGAUAGCAGAUAUAAUGUAUCUGUGAUCAAUAGUACAAGUCCUUUUGCACAAGACUAUGAUUUUGUGAACAUUUUUGAAACAUAUCAGAAGAGGAAUGUUACAACAGUUUUGGCUGGUCCCGGUCCCAUUUGGGUGACUGGAAGAUCACCAGAUCAACCAUUUGUGAUCCGGGCCUUCAUCCAUUAUCCGAUGGAAUUGAUUGUAUAUCAGCCAGGCUUCUGGGAGAUGAUGAAGUUUGCCUGGAUGCAGUACAUUAGCAUCCUCCUGAUAUUUUUGUGGAUUUUUGAAAGAAUAAAAAUCUUCCUUCUUCGAAAUCAAGUGCUGAACAUAGUGCCGGUGUCUCUGCUUCCCCCACUGUUGUCCUAUAAAGAGCACCAGUCCUGACCUGCAGAGGAGAAAGAACUUUGCUCUCAGUGGCCUCCACUGCUUUUGCAUUUGGAAGAUGAGGCUUUCCACACAUUGGGUUCAUACAUUAUUUUGCAAAGUUUAUUGUGAGUUCUCAGUGUAGAUUUUCUUUCCUGUCCUAUUUUCAGAAAUCUGUUUGUUAUUAUGGUCUAUCAGAUGCAUAUCAGCCAUAAUAAGUGGCAAGAAAAACCUUUUAAUGAAAAUUAUACAAAUGAGUUUUACUGUCUGUAAGUACAUAACUGAAUCCCAGUCUUGAUGGCAAAAUCCUCUAGAAGGAAUUAACUACAGAAACAAAAAGAACAUUCUUUGAAAAGACAGAUUUUCUUUGCAAGAAUACUGAAAUAAAGAAUGCCUUUGUUCUUUU